AUGAAGACCUCCGCGCUCGCCUCCCUCUUCGCCAUUGCUCAGCUCGUCUCGGGCCACGCGGCCAUCAUCGCCGCCACUGGUGACGCUGGCGGCACUGGCAUGGCUCUCGGCGUCGACACGUCCACCCCACGCGAUGGCACUCGCCGCAACCCCUUCCAGCAAGAUGCGACUCGCUUCCGGGGUGACCAGUCUGAGACCAUCGGCGAGACUGUCGGUGCCGGCGACAACAACAUCGAGAGCGGCACUACCGCGAUCAUGACGGAAAUGGGUGAUCAGCUGCCGCAGGUCAGCCCUGGUGGUCAACUUGACAUGACGUUGCACCAGGUCAACUCGGACGGCGGCGGCCCCUACACUUGCGCCAUCAACGCCGACGGUACUGCCCAGACCUGGACCGACAUUACCGUCAUGCAGAGCCCGCCCGGCCGCAACUCUCGCAAUCGCGAUGGCGAGCAGUCGGACUUCCCCAUGGUGGCCGCUAUUCCCGCUAGUCAGACCUGCACGGGCACCGUCGCCGGCCAGGAGAAUGUCUGUAUGGUCCGCUGCAUGAAUGAUGCCAACGCUGGUCCCUUUGGCGGCGUCGUCCCCGUGCAGCUUGCUGGUACCGCCAAUGCCACCGAAGCCCGCCGCUUGCUGGCUCGCGCCACCAUGGAGAAGGCCCGCCUCUACGAGAAGAUGAAGCGCGACCUUCAGUGA